AUGAAGUUCACCGCCAUCAUCCUCGCCAUCACCGCCCUCGUGACCAUCGGCAUGUGCAACCCAGACGACCCUAACGACAUGACCUCCGCAGAAAUGUGGGCAGAGAUUGAAGGAGGUGGCCAGGCGGCAUCUGAUUCUGGCAUCGUAGACGAGGCCGCAAUUAUUUACAAUCAUCAGCCUCAUAGUAGGAAACAAACUGGCUUACGUGAUCCCCAAUAUCGCCCUGCCAAUUCCCGUGGCUUACGCCCUUGA